AUGGGCUUCUCUUCAACUCCAGCAGCAGCUGAAUUUCAGAAACGACACGUCCUGUCGCACAUUCCUUAUGGAACUUGCUCCUGGUUAACCACGUGCCACCGAAAGGCCGUGAUCAAAAACGCUGAUAUGUCGGAGAUGCGACAGGACUCGGUGGAGUGUGCUACUCAGGCGUUGGAGAAAUGUAACGUAGAGAAGGACACUGCAGCCCAAAUUAAAAAGGAGUUUGAUAAGAAGUACAACCCCACCUGGCACUGCAUCGUGGGGAGGCACUUCGGUAGUUAUGUGACACAUGAAACCAAACACUUCAUCUACUUCUGCCUGGGCCAAGUGGCCAUUCUUCUGUUCAAAUCUGGUUAA